AUGGACAGCAGGAGCAGCUUCUUCGGCUCUAUCAAGGGCUCCAUUAAGGACAAGCUCUCCAGAUCCCCCAGCAACGCAUCUCAGGGCCCUACCAGACAGCCUCGCCAUCAGCCUCAGCCUCAGGCACAGCCCGUGAGGCUCUCAGCAGGUGCUACCUCAGGCCAGGGCAUCAGUGCCAAUCCUUUCUCCAACCCCUUCUCUACCGCCUCUACUUCCACACAUGUACCAAGCAAUGAGCCUCCUCCGGCAUAUAGUAGUGUGCCCACCGGUGGAGCCAGCGCCUACCCAUCGGCACCGUCCCCGGCCUACGCCGUGCGGGAUCCAAGCCCUACGCCCUCUAGACUCUCUGCCAUCACAGCCACCACUCCAGAGGAUCCCUACGCCUUCCUGACCUCCUUCGACACCAUCUUCCUGAUUGAUGACAGCGGCAGCAUGGUGGGCCGGUCCUGGCGGGAAGUCCAGUCAGCUCUCUCGUCCAUCACGCCCAUCUGCACUGCCCACGAUGCCGACGGCGUCGACAUCUAUUUCCUGAACCACCGCUCGCCCUACCCCGCUAGCCAGUCUCAAGGCAAGGCUUCAGGCGGAUACUCCAACGUGACAGACGCAUCCGCUGUGGAGCGCAUUUUCACCUCUGUCCGUCCUGGAGGCAUGACGCCCACGGGCACGCGACUCAAUCACAUCCUGAAGGCCUACCUGCGACACUACGAGGCGGCCGUUGAGCGAGCCGGCGGCGACCCGGAUGCUACAGACGUCAAGCCCAUCAACGUCAUCAUGAUCACUGACGGUGUGCCCUCCGAUGACCCUGAAUCCGUCCUGCUGUCCGUCGCUCAGAAGCUCGACCGACUUGAGGCCCCGCCACACCAGGUUGGCGUGCAGUUCUUCCAGGUUGGCAACGAGCCCGGUGCCGCCGAGGCCCUUCGGACCUUGGACGACGAUCUGGCCGAGCUGGGUGGUGGUGUGCGGGACAUGGUCGAUACCGUGACCUUUAAUUCCCGCGGCGGCGGGGGCUCUGGCAACACGCCGACCCUGAGCGGAGACGGUAUCCUGAAGGUGGUGCUUGGCGCUGAAGCCGGACACGAACAGUUCCUGCAGCCUCAACAGCAGCAGUUCGGGGACCACAGAGGGUCACAAGGUGGUCAAGAGCAGCAGUACCAGCAGCAUUACGCUUACGGUACAGUCCAAGAAUAUGGCCAGGGGCAGCAGCAGCCUUCCUAUGGCCAGACUUACAACGAGCAAUCCUCACAGCUGUGGGGGCAGCCCUCAUACGGUAGUGUCUCACCAGCUCUUCCUCCUCCUCAUACCCGUCCGAGCACAGGCCCCUCGCAGGUGUGGCAACAGCAGCAAGAGCAAGCCCUCCACCAAAAUCUGUAUGAUCAAGAGGAACAGCAGCGGGCGCAAGGCUUUGGUCCUCCGUCUGGGAGUGGUCUACACUGGAGCCCAUAG